AUGUCCGAAUCCGUCGCCAUCCUCCGUCAAGGCCGCUCCGAUGAGCUAUCCAGGCUUGCCGACGAGCACCUUCAACACGACCUCCAAGCCAGCGACCGCGACAAGCUUAACGCAGCCGCAUCUUCAAUCUCUCUAUGGACAACAGUCGGCUCUGCAGUUGGUGUUAGUCUCGGUCUUCUAGCCGCUAUUCGAUUGCGCGGUUCGCGGAAGGCGUUCUUCUCUGCUAUUCGUGCGCAGGAGAGGCCUACGAAGGUAAUUUUUGAGGAUGGGAGAAGCGAAUCCAUUCCGGACCUCACGCCGUUGUUGAAGCCGACUACUUUGGGUGAUAUUGCGACUUAUUUCUUUGCCUCGGCUGGUGGGCUGCUCUUGGGUGGAGAGCUUGGUAAGAUUAUGUUUGGUGUUGUCGUGGGUGUUCGGGAUAUUGUGCUAACUUCGACCUCUGUAGGCUUUGCUGGCGGCGUGGCGACUGGGACGAGGACUAUCACCAAGGACCCAGAGAGCAAGAAGAGAAUCGAAACUGCUUUUAGGAAGUUCCGGGCUGACGUGCUGCGGAAACAGGCUGAUGCUUUGGAUAAGGGGGUACAGGAUUACGUUCUGAUUUAG